AUGACGAUCACCUACGAGCCAGAAUUCAAUGCGGCAUUUACCCCCUUUGCGGCGGCAAUAGCGGCAGCGCCAAAACUUCGUCCUGGGAAUCUCGAAGACACGAAGACGUCGAUUCACGGCUUUUACUCUGCGAUGCAAGCAGAGAAAGGAGACCAAGAUGACCAGUGCCGUGUUUUAUGUGCAUGGAGGGGUUAUGUGACGGGUUCGGUCGAGUUCCUGCGCAAGCAGAUUGAGGCCAGAGUCGAAGCGACGGGGAUUCCGUUUUUCGCUCCGGGUUAUCGUCUCGCACCUGAGCACCCGCAUCCAAUCCCUCACGAAGACUGCUUCGCUGCGUUAAAGUGGGUGCACGAAAACGCCGCCGACAUAUUUGGUGUCGAUAACUCGAGACUCGGCGUGUUCGGCGAGAGUGCGGGUGGUGGGCUGGCCGCGGGUCUGGCUCUCAGGGCUCGCGAUGAGAAGUUGUCGCCUCCUCUGGCCAAGCAGAUUUUGGUGUACCCGAUGAUGGAUGACCGUAACACAAUUCCAAACCCUGAAGUCGAGCAUUUAUUCACCUGGUCGCACGACAAUAACGAAACCGCAUGGAAGGCACUCAUCGGCGACAAAGACGGAGAGAUCGAUUGCUAUGGCGCUGCUGCCCGCGCGACCAACCUUCGUAACCUUCCCAGCACGUACCUUGACGUUGGCUCGCUGGAUAUUUUUGUUCACGACAGCCUUGAUUAUGCCCAGAGGUUGAUGCGAGAGAAUGUCGAAGUCGAGCUGCACGUCUGGCCAAGGGUGCCACACGGAUUCGAGGGAUUGGCUCCGCAGACAAGAUAUGGGAAGAUGGCUGUAGACAGUAGAGAUGAUGCUGUCAGAAGUUUGUAA